UCUGAAAAAUUUAAUCGUGGUUAAUUUUGUUUAUAUCUUAGAAUUGUUUUGUGAAAAAAAAGGCGAAAAUGUUUUUGAUUUGUGAGAAAUAAUAAGUUUGGUUUUUUUUUUUAAAUAAAUCUUGGUGAGAUGGCGCGGAAAGUUCCUGCAUUGACAUACUUUCUACGAACAUCCGUCGUCGUCCUGAUGGUUUUAUCCGUCUCGACAUUUUUGCACUUCUUUAAUUACCUGCCGCAACAAACUUUUUUAUCAUGUGACAGGCCGUGUCAUCAUUUAGACUGGCCUAUGAUUUGCCGAGUGAAACUGACUCUUGAACCUUUCCACACACUCAGCAAGGCCUGUGGAAACUGCCCAGCCAAUGAGACCGCUUGUCUUGCCAAGUACUGCGUGUCCGCGGACGGGCAUCAUAGAGGAAUUCUUGCCGCGAAUCGGCAACUGCCUGGACCCAGCAUCCAGGUCUGCGAGAACGAUAUACUGGUCGUUGAUGUCGUAAACCGGCUUCCGGGAAAGGCCGCCUCGAUACACUGGCGUGGACAAACUCAACGUGAAACUCCCUGUAUGGACGGAGUACCACUUGUUACACAAUGUCCUAUUCCAAGUUACACCACUUUUCAAUACAAGUUUCGGGCUUCUGUCCCUGGGACUCAUCUCUGGCACUCGCACUCUGGUGUCGACGUAGCGAACGGUAUCUUCGGAUCGCUAAUUGUGCGCCAAGCAGACGCUCGAGAGCCCCACCGCUUGCUGUACGACGUGGACGACCCAAAUCACGCGGUGCUGGUCUCCCAGUGGCACCACUCAAUAGUGACGGACACGGCGGCCGGGCAAGCGAACAAGAAGCCAGCAUUGCUGCUGAUAAACGGCAAAGGCCAUCAACCAAACGGGCCCCAGGUUCCUCUGUCGUCAUUCAACGUCACCCGGGGACUGAGGUACCGUUUCAGACUGGCCCACGCAGGUGGCGCUGGAGCGUGUCCUAUAACAUUCGCCGUGGAAGAGCAUCCGCUGACGCUCAUAGCUCUUGAUGGGAAUCCCGUGGUGCCUCUUAAAGUAAAAUCGAUAACUCUGGCGAAAGGAGAGCGCGCUGACUUUGUUCUGAGGGCUGACAAGAUCGCUUCCAGCAAGGAUGUUUAUUCCAUCAAUGUUCAUACAGACAAAGGCUGCCAUGCGACGGUGAUUGGAUCUGCUUUAUUGAGAUAUCAAGGCGUCAUCUCAACUGAGGAUUCCUCUCCUGUGAAUCUUCUUGACAAACAAGAUCAUCUUGUUGAAAUGACCACCAAUCCCUCGGACAAAUGCAAUUCUCCUGGAAAUGUUUGCUCCACGGAAAUAAAGGCAACAACUAAUUUGCCAACUGCUUUGGAAACAACAGAUUUGACUAUUUAUCUUCCUAUUAAUCAGCGGAUGCAACCAGCUGAAAUUUUGGGAGAUCUAGAGAUGAGGGUGAUGAGCAUCAAAAAUAAGACAUUCACUUACCCGUCCUCGCCGCUGCUGACUCAAGGCCCGGAUGUCCCUCAGGAAAUGUUAUGCAAUGAGAAUGAGCAUUACUCCGAGACAUCUGCACGGUGCCGUCAACACAAUGGUAACACUGCGUGCGAAUGCGUCAAUACUCGUCGCAUUCCCGUGGGGUCCAGUGUCGAGAUUAUUCUCAUUGACCAAGUUGGCCGCAAUGACCUAGUUUACCAUCUCCACGGGUACAACUUCUACGUAGUGGCGGGCCGUCGGUUCGGCCGAGAAAAAACCCUCGACGAAAUAAUAAAAUUGAACCAGCAGAACUUGCUGUUCUCCCGAAACUUGGAAUCUCCAGCUAUUAAAGACACGAUAACCGUGCCCAAGUUCGGCGCGGUCGCGAUCCGAUUCAAGGCCGACAAUCCAGGCUACUGGAUGUUGCGUGACGAAAAUGCUCUCGAGUGGACUCGCGGUCUCGACGUUAUUCUCCAAGUCGGAGACCCUGGUGACAUGGUACCGCCACCGCAGGAUUUUCCCAAGUGCGGAUCCUUUGUCGGGCCCGACUAUUUUCUCAUCUAGACUGAUAACUAGAGCCUUUGUUUUUCUGUAAAUAUUUUUGUAUAUAAACAUAAUGCUUUUAAUCAAAUAAAUGUUUUAUCUAUAUUGA